AUGAAAAGCAUUGAAGCAGGUGGAAAUACGUUCCGGUUUGCUGAAAUGAACAUUCGUCAUACAGGCAAUCCAGAAAAGACAAUUUCGAUGGUGAGACGAGCUGUGAGGAUGGGCUAUGAUACUGUUGUGAUCAAUAUCGACAUUGGUGACAUUGUCCCAGAAGAACACAUUGAAGACCAUCUAUCACCACCGAGUGCUGAGGAGUCUGUGAAGCCCCCACCGAAGAAGAAGCAACGAAAAAGAGAAGAUAAAAGACCACGAGAACAGCAGCUGCCCAACCCUUACCUUGUGGACGAGUCUCUUUUAGACUUGACAGAUUUAGGAAAACAAGGAAAGCGAUUUCGACAGUUUAGUCGAGUCACGUUUACAUUGAACGAUGCAUCGGUAAUCCAUAACGUGUUUAACAAUCCUCGGCUUCGUCAGUUCGAUCUCGUAGCAGUGCAGCCGGCUGAUGUGAAUAUUUUGAACACGAUUACAAGGAAAACUGACGCCGUAGACAUCAUCACCAUGAACCCAGAAACACACGUGUCAUGGUUACACAAACCCAAGUUUCUGGAGAUGAUUCGUGUUGAAGGCGUAGGAUUUGAGAUUACAUACGCUUCUGCUCUAUUUCCUGCCAAUCGUAGAUCGUGUCUUCACAGUGGGCGACUUCUAAUUAGACAACUUCGCGGACGUGGUAUUGUACUAUCAAGUGGAGCAUCAUCCAUGUGUGAACUGAGAGCACCAGUUGACGUUAUGAACAUGGCCAUGUUAUGGGGUGUUUCAGGUUCCGAUGCCAGACAGUUAAUUAGUGGUAAGUUAGUGUUUGAUGGUGAUAAUCAUGGUAGAAUCUAG